CACAGAGCGUCUCUCUUUCCCCCUUCUGACUCGGUUCUCGACUGCUCCCGGCCGCCGUUGUAUUGUGGGAUUGCGGCGCCGUGCCCGAGAAGCUCGGAUCUGGCAGGGGAGUCCAAUAGCUAGCGCCUCCUGUCGUCUGCAAAGCUACCUUGCCAUUCCUCGGCACCCCUGCUCCCCCCCAUCCCCGAAUCGCCUCCUCCUCCAUCCUCCAGUUCAAAAUGGCGGCGGCGGCGGCAGCGGCAGCGGCGAUGGCUCCUCAGGGCUGCCCUGGUUCGUGUCCCAACUUCGCUGUAGUAUGCUCCUUCUUAGAGCGCUACGGGCCGCUGCUCGAUCUGCCUGAGUUGCCGUUCCCUGAGCUGGAGCGGGUGCUGCAGGCGCCGCCGCGGGACGUCGGCAACGGAGAAGUACCAAAAGAAUUGGUGGAGCUCCAUUUGAAGUUGAUGAGGAAGAUUGGGAAAUCUGUUACAGCAGACAGAUGGGAAAAAUAUUUGAUCAAGAUAUGCCAAGAAUUUAAUAGCACCUGGGCAUGGGAAAUGGAGAAGAAAGGCUAUCUUGAAAUGAGUGUUGAAUGCAAAUUAGCACUCCUAAAGUACCUCUGUGAGUGUCAGUUUGAUGACAAUCUCAAAUUCAAGAAUAUAAUUAAUGAGGAAGAUGCCGAUACCAUGCGUCUCCAGCCAAUUGGGCGAGACAAGGAUGGCCUCAUGUACUGGUACCAGCUGGAUCAAGACCACAAUGUCAGAAUGUACAUAGAAGAACAAGAUGAUCAAGAUGGCUCAUCGUGGAAAUGCAUUGUCAGAAAUCGAAACGAGUUGGCUGAGACCCUUGCACUCCUGAAAGCACAGAUCGAUCCCGUACUGUUGAAAAACUCUAGUCAACAAGACAACUCUCCCCGGGAAAGUCCCAGCUUAGAAGAAGAGGAGACUAAAAAGGAGGAAGAAACACCUAAACAAGAGGAACAGAAGGAAAAUGAAAAGCGGAAAAGUGAAGAGCAGCCAGUAGAUUCAGAAAAUCGUUCUAUACCCAAUUCCCUGGAAGAAACUACCGUGAAAAUAGAAAAAGAAGAUGAAAAGGAACUUGUAAAACUGCCAGUAAUAGUAAAGCUGGAAAAGGCAUUGCUGGAAAGUGAGGAAAAAAAGAUUAUCAAAGAAGAAAGUGAUUCCUUCAAGGAAAAUGUCAAACCCGUUAAAGUAGAAGUGAAGGAAUGUAGAGUAGACCCUAAAGAUGUCAAAGGCAGUGUGGAGAAGCUAGAGCCCGAGAGGCUAGAGUUCGGUGUCAGUGUGAAAUCUUCUCAAGAAAUUACUGAGAAGUCCUCUGAAGAAACUGAGAAACUUAAAAAUGACCAGCAGGCCAAGAUACCACUAAAAAAACGAGAAAUUAAACUGAGUGAUGAUUUUGACAGUCCAAUCAAAGGACCUUUGUGUAAAUCAGUUACUCCAACAAAAGAAUUUUUGAAAGAUGAAAUAAAACAGGAGGAAGAGACUUAUAAAAGGAUCUCUGCAAUCACCACUUUGGGUCAUGAAGGGAAACAGCUGGUAAAUGGAGAAAUUAGUGAUGAAAAGUUAACUCCAAAUUUUAAGACAGAACAAAUGGAGACAAAGUUUUAUGAUACCAAGGAGGAUAGCUGCAGCCCCUCCAAGGAUAAAAGUGUCAUGAUGGAGGGAAAUGGAGCAGAGUCCUUAAAUUCUGUCAUAACCAGUAUAAAAACAGCUGAUCUUGAGAAAGCAGUGGUCCCUUUAGGGAAAGAUGGAGAAAGUUCAAUAGCAGAUUUAGAAAUCCAGAAUCAAAAAGAGCAGGUAGAGGAAACUGACCCUCCAGAAAUGGAAACCUCUUUUGAGGCUUCUGAAAUGGUAAAGGAUCUCUCUUUACAAACUGCUUUAUCUACUGCUGAAUCCCAUACUAUGAAGGUUGAAGAGAAAUCUCCCAAAAGUAAGAAGGAUAAGCACCCACCAGUCCUUGAAUGUCUUGAAAAGUUAGAGAAAUCCAAAAAGACUAUUUUUGAUAAGGACACACAAAGAUUGAGUCCAAUACCAGAGGAGGUUCCAAAGAGUACUUUAGAAUCAGAGAAGCUAGGCUCUCCUGAGGCAGUUGAAACUUCCUCGCCGUCUAACUUGAUGGACCAUUGUGAGAAACCAGCCUCAGAAAAAGAAGUGAUAGAGUGUCAGAGCACAAGUUCCACUGAAGGUCAGUCCAUGGAACAAACAGACCCAGAAAUUUUAAAAGAGGAUUCUGAACCCACGCAGGUAGAAGUGGUUAACCCAGACAAUGCCCAGACCCCUAGUGCAGAGGACUCUUCAGAGACAAGAGGCUCUAUGCCAAAAAGCAAAUUUAAAUAUAAGUUGGUUCCUGAAGAGGAAACCACUGCGUCAGGAAACACGGAGAUAACUUCUGAAAGGCAGAAAGAGGGCAUCAAAUUAACCAUUAGGAUAUCCAGCCGGAAGAAGUCAGAUUCUCCUCCCAAAAUUCUAGAACCAGAAGCCAAACAAGAGAAAUCAGAAAAGGAAGAAGAGAAAACAAAUGUGGUUCGUACUUUAAGGAGGUCUCCGAGAAUAUCUAGACCCACAGCGAAAGCGGCUGAGAUCAGAGAUCAGAAAGCUGAUAAAAAAAGAGGGGAAGGAGAAGAUGAAGUGGAAGAAGAAUCAGCAGCUUUGCAAAAAACAGACAAAAAGGAAAACUUGAAAAAAAUCGAGAAGGAUACAAAUUCUAAAGUAAGCAAGGUAAAAACCAAAGGCAAAGUUCGAUGGACUGGUUCUCGAACACGUGGCAGGUGGAAAUAUUCCAGCAAUGAUGAAAGUGAAGGGUCUGACAGUGAAAAAUCAUCUGCAGCUUCAGAAGAGGAGGAAGAAAAGGAGAAUGAAGAAGCCGUCCUAGCAGAUGAUGAUGAGCCAUGCAAAAAAUGUGGCCUUCCAAACCAUCCUGAGCUAAUUCUUCUGUGUGACUCCUGUGACAGCGGGUACCACACAGCCUGCCUUCGUCCCCCGCUGAUGAUCAUCCCUGAUGGAGAGUGGUUCUGCCCACCUUGCCAACAUAAACUACUGUGUGAGAAAUUAGAGGAACAAUUGCAAGAUUUAGAUGUUGCCUUAAAGAAGAAGGAGCGUGCUGAACGCAGGAAAGAACUCUUGGUGUAUGUGGGUAUCAGUAUUGAAAACAUCAUUCCUCCACAAGAGCCAGAUUUUUCUGAAGAUCAUGAAGAAAAGAAGAAAGAUUCAAAAAAAUCCAAAGCAAACUUGCUUGAAAGAAGAUCAACAAGAACACGGAAAUGUAUAAGUUACAGAUUUGAUGAGUUUGAUGAAGCAAUUGAUGAAGCUAUAGAAGAUGAUAUCAAAGAGGCUGAUGGAGGAGGAGUUGGUCGAGGAAAAGAUAUCUCGACCAUCACGGGUCACCGUGGGAAAGACAUCUCUACUAUUCUGGAUGAAGAAAGAAAAGAAAAUAAACGACCCCAGAGGGCUGCGGCUGCUCGCCGGAAGAAACGCCGGCGAUUAAAUGACCUGGACAGUGACAGCAACCUGGAUGAAGAAGAGAGUGAGGAUGAAUUCAAGAUCAGUGAUGGCUCUCAAGAUGAGUUUGUUGUAUCUGACGAAAACCCAGAUGACAGUGAAGAAGACCCACCAUCUAAUGACGACAGCGACGCUGACUUCUUGUCGAAGACUAGGCGACAUCCCUCCCGGCCAAUGAGGCAAAGCAGGCGUUUGCGCAGAAAAACCCCAAAGAAAAAGUAUUCUGAUGAUGAUGAAGAGGAAGAGUCUGAGGAGAAUAGUAGAGACUCUGAACGUGAUUUUAGUGAUGACUUGAGUGACGAUUAUGUAGAAACUCGGCGAAGGCGGUCAAGGAGGAACCAGAAAGACAAAUUACACUACAAAGAAGAUUCAGAGAGUGACGGCUCGCAGAAGAGUUUACGACGUGGUAAAGAAAUCCGACGGGUUCACAAGCGCAGGCUUUCCAGCUCAGAGAGUGAAGAGAGCUAUAUGUCCAAGAACUCUGAAGACGAGGAGCUAACUAAAGACUCAAAGCGGUCAGUUCGAAAACGGGGUCGAAGCACAGAUGAGUAUUCAGAAGCAGAUGAGGAGGAAGAAGAAGGCAAACCAUCCCGGAAACGGCUACACCGUAUUGAGACAGACGAAGAGGAGAGUUGUGACAAUGUUCAUGGAGAGGCGGGUCAGCCUGCGCGAGACAGCCAGCCCAGGGUCCUGCCCUCAGAGCAAGAGAGCACUAAGAAGCCCUAUCGGAUAGACAGUGAUGAGGAAGAAGACUUUGAAAAUGUAGGCAAGGUGGGGAGCCCAUUGGACUAUAGCUUAGUGGACUUACCUUCCACCAAUGGACAGAGUCCUGGCAAAGCCAUUGAGAACUUGAUUGGCAAAUCAGCUGAGAAGCCUCAGACCCCUAAGGACAACAGCACAGCCUGUGCAAGCCUGGCCCCCAAUGGGACAAUUGGUGGGCAGGAGGCAGGGGCACCAGAAGAGGAGGAAGAUGAGCUUUUGAGAGUGACUGACCUUGUUGAUUAUGUCUGUAACAGUGAACAGUUAUAAGACUUUUUUCCAUUUUUGUGCUAAUUUAUUCCACGGUAGCUCUCACACCAGCGGGCCAGUUAUUAAAAGCGGUUUUAUUUUUCUUAGAAAACUCCACUACAGAACGACUUUUUAGAAGAAAAAGUUCAACAAACCCUAAAGUCUUUCUGUGAAGUGACCAGUUUUGAACUUUCAAGAUAAAUAAUUGCUGUAAAUUCCUUUUCACUUUCUUUUUCCAAGUUCAUGGUCCCUUGGUAAUUUCAUUCAUGGAAAAGAAAUCUUAUUAUAAUAACAACAACAAAGAUUUGUAUAUUUUUGACUUUAUAUUUCCUGAGCUGUCCUGACUUUGUGAAAAGGGUGGAUAAGAAUGCAUUCCGAUCUGCAAGGGCCCAAAACAGAAUUAGGGGUGGGAGGAAAGCACUUGUGCUUUAGCUUUUUCAUAUUAAAUAUAUAUUAUAUUUAAACAUUUGUGGCAUAGAUGAUGAUUAACAGACUUUAAAAGUUCAAGUCUGUAUUGUUGCAGUUUGAUAAUUGUAGAUAACAUCAUAUAUAAGUCAUUUAGUAACAGCAUUCAUGAAAUCAACUUGUUUACUAUUGGAGAUAACCACACUUGAUAAAGAAGAGACUGAGAAAGUACCAUCGGUUUAAAAAAACCAACCUGAGUUUGUUAUAGUGGAGUAUCUUGUUUUUUAAAAAAAAAUCAUCUGAAAAGCAUUUGUAUAGUAAAAUGUAUAAUGAAGCUUUUGACAACCAGAUUGUGCUAGCAACAAAUUUUUUUAAGACAGCUUUAUGCAGUGGUGAUGAGGUGGCCUCUAAUGUACUAUCAUGGAGAGUUAUUAGUGAAGUGAGUGUGGUCUUUUUUAAGGCCCAGGUAGACUGUAAACUUGCCGAUAAUGUAAUGUCUUCUGGCCACUUACUUAAAUAUAUGAAAUAUCAUUUUGAAACAAAUACAUCUAUACAUAACAUACAUGAAGAGCUAUUAGGCUGACAGUGGUAUUUUAGCACAUUUGAAGAAGGGGAAAGGAUUUUCAGGUGAAUUUUAACUGGUCUAUUCUUGCCCUUAGUAUCUACUUCAAAUUGAAGUCUACAAACAAAGCAGUUCCUUUGGGAGGUUUGAGUUUGAGUUUUAGCGUGUGCGUGCGUGUGUGUGUGUGUGUGUGUGUGUUUUGAAGUUUCUUAUCUGCCUGGAUAUAUUAGCAGGGUUUGAAUGUAGUUUUGGCCUUUGGCCAUUAGACUUCUAUUAAAAUUCAUUAACAGUCACAUGACCAACAGAGCUGAUCGAAAACCACCAAUGUACUUAAUAGGCAUGACUAUUAAGAUCCAUUUCAAACAUCUCAAAACUUAAAAAAAAAUAAGCCCUUUGUUUCAAGAAAAGGGGUUUGUAACUAAAUAUCUAACAUAUAAUUGACACUAAAAUACGAACUUUGUCUUAGUUUCUGUUACAGCUGUAAAAUUUCAGGCAGAGCCAUAAAUAACAUUGUACAAAGUGUAGCACUUGUGAUUAAAUCUUGCCUGUCAAAUUCUGAAACCUUCAGCCAUUACUUACUUCUGUGAAUACUUUUGCCCUGGGAUUUGGGUUUUUUCUGUUCCAGUGUUGUCUGUUGCCGGCAAUGGACACACCAUAUCUGCUGCUGGCCCAAGGAACUUCAUUUAUUUUUCUUUCCAAAUUAAGCAUUGUAUGUGCUAGUCAGUGUAUAGUAAAGCACUUCUCUUUUUUAUUAUUAAAAAGCUGGCAUUAGACUUGCAUUAUAAAUACCUCUCUAGAAACUUUAUACUCCUUCUUUUCCUUCCUCAACAGGUGUUGCCCUUAAAUCUUAUCUUUUUGGCCUUGAAAGUUUAUAGCUGUUGUUUUCACUUAUUGGUUCUUUUGUUUGUUUUGUUUCACUUUAGUUCUGUAGUACCUGCCGAUUAAUAUUUUUGCUUUGAUCCUAGCAAUGUAUAUGUAUCUGUAUAAAAAUAAAAUAAUGAAAGCAGCCUAAAAUUAGGGUGCACAAAUAGCAUGUGGUUCCAAGUAAAUUGUGAUUUUUAUUUUGAGACAAUGUUCCACUGGAAGGGAGGGGAAGGGCUUACAUUCAGAGACAGUAGAGCACAGUGCUGUGUGAGGAGCCACAUUCAUUUACAGGCCUCCUUUCUGGCUAGGUUUGUUUCAUUGAUUUGAAAAUCUUAGGAAUGUUAGCAUUUCAAAACUGAAACAGGCUGGCAAUAGAAGGAUUCCUACUAGUGCAAGGUAAGUGGUUAGAGUGUGCCAGUGGCCUAUCCUGCAUCCAGUCUCCCUCCACUGUUUUAGUCCUAAAGCUGGUAAAGCCACUACUGCGUGGAAACUCCCUUGUACCCUGUUUCUACCUCUGGACACACCAGCUCCUGCUUCUACCUAUUGUUUAGUUAAGAAAAUGAUAAAAAGUAUUAAAUGGGUAGAUUAUUUCUUUUACAGGAUGCCUAAUGUGAAUAAGGAGUUCUUUUUAUUCUUCUGCUACAGAGAGCAAAAGGUAAUUUUUGUCAUUGUGAAGACUGAGUAUUCCAUUUCGCAAAUGUCCCAUUGAUAUGGGUGAUGAUACCACUUUUGCUGCCUGUUAUUUAACAAACUUGAAUUAAGUGUUUGUGAAGUUGAUAGUGAGUGUAUCCCUUCUAUCCUUACAUUCUGAUUAUACCAGUUAAUUAUGUUUCAUUUACAAAAAUGUAAAUCAAGCAACUGAUACUUAUAAGUUAUUUUCAUGCAGGUAGAUUAAUUAUGGGAGAUGAAAUGAACAGUUCAAAACAACCUUGCUACUUGGUGUUUCGAUUCAGUCCUGAAAGAAUUGGUUCACUGAAAUAUUAACUCCAAACAUACUUUGAAGAAGUUUUUUAAAUUAGGAUAAAGUAAACAUUUUAUAUCCAAAAAUAUAAUUCAGUCCUUAGGAACUGGAAGUGCGUAGGAGCAGCAGUUCAUGUGGAGUCUAGAACACCUGUGUCCUUGUUAAUAGCGCGCUCCCCGUGGACUUAGGUUCACAGUAGCUGCUGUAGUGUAAUAGAGCCCUUUGAUGCAUUAAACCUCCUUUUUUUGAAAUACAAUUUGGGUUCCUGGUAUAAAACUCAACAGUGUAUAGCAAAUGUGUCGAGGGAGAUGUAGUUUAGUACUCACUAUUUAGUUUGCAAUUUCUGUAAAGGUUUGAAAACAAGCUAAAUUGUCACAAAGCAGAAACUUUGAAUUAAGUUAUGUGAAAAAAACUCUGAAAAUACACAUUUGGUUUUUCAGACUUGUGCUGAUGAAAUAGUGUUCAGUGCAAUACAUUUUCUGUUGUUGGUACAUUACUAGAGAAUGAUGGCAGAGAUACUUUCAAGAAGAUACCUGGUAUAUUGAGGUUGGGUUUCCUUGACACAUCUUUUUCCAGUUGGUCAGGGCUGCAAAUUCAGAAAUAAAGAGUUUCAUUUGGAAUAAUUCAUGUCUACUGAAAAUUGUUUUAUAAGUGUGACCUGCCAAAGAACCAAGGACUUCAAAUGCUGAAGAAGUUGUUGAAAAAUGUUUUAAAACACACUAAUUUUAAAAGGCUAUUAUAAACUCUAGUUACCAUUUUUCAGUUGAUAGAACCCAUCCCAUAAUGUGCAUUUAGAUGUUUGUUAUUUAGUGAUAAAAUGGGAAAAUGUUCAUCUAUUUUUAGGUGGGACUGAUAGAAUUUCUUUUAUCAUGAAGAAUGUCUUUUUAGCUUAUGUUUUAUGAGGUGGUGAGAUGUUCACCAUUCUCUAGUUUGUACUACCGUUCGACCAAAAGGAACCGAUGAAUCUGCAAAUUUCAUACACAAAAAAGUUGUGAACUCUGUCCUUCACCAACACAGUGCAGGUCCAGGAUUCAUGGUGUUGCCUCACAGCUAUAGAUAUGUCUUUUGAUGGAAUAAAUACACACACACACACACAUAUAUAUAAACAUGUAUACAUACUUUAGAUGUUAGGAUUAAAAUGAAUCCUUCAAAAUCAUUCAUUGACAUAAGAAUCAGAUAAAUAAUUGUAACUGAUAGGAAAUUAUAAACAUUUAAUUGCAGAAAGUCUAGAGAAAAAUAGUGAAGGGUCCUCUUGGUUUGACAUUCUAAAAAUAUAGUCUUAGUUCUCCUAAGAAGUGACAAUGCCAAAAUUGUAAAUCUGCUGUAAUCUACCUGGUUCUCUGCUUAAUGUAUUAUUAAACUUACUUAGAAUAACAUCCAUUCCUAUUUCAGCCACCAUUCCCAGUGUGUACCUGUAAGCCUACCCUGGAAGUAACAAGCUAACUGCUAAUUUCUUCCCUGUUUUUAUACCAAUACUGAAAGAAAGCAUUUUUCUAUCAAUGUAUUUAAACUGGGUUAUUGUGUUACAUGUACUUUGUUUUCAGAAUUUCCACUCCAACUUAAAUCAUCAUUUGACAUUUUUGGAUGCCAUGAAUUGCUAAGUAACUGUAAUGUGUUGGAGAUGGGGUUAUUCCCAAGCAAGCAAGGAGUCGUUAAAAGCCAAACUGUAGUGUGCUUGGUAUAUAACCACUGUAGAUUGUACACGCAACACUUUUUUUUAUUUAUAAACCCUCUCAGAAAUUGGUAAGAAUAGGACCCCGUUAGUGGAUUUUUCCCCUUGUUUUGGUCAUGUCAGCUCAGUUUGUUUGUUUGCAUUUUAUAUUUAUACCAUUUUGCUCUGGGAAAUGCUGCAAACCCAAUUCUGGUACAUUGCAGUGAUUUCAUUUAGUGAAGAUGCUAUUUUUAUUUUAAAAACUUUAAGAUGUCUAUCCUAUGCAUAAGUUAUAUGAGAGGGCAUAACAAAUUAUUAGAUGUGUAGAGAUUUCUUACACUCUUUAGACAUUUUUUAAUAAAAAGGAAACAUUUUUAAAGAAACUACAUUUGUGUUUUUUUGCCAAACUGGUACAAGCUAGAAAAUGCACUAAGGACUGAGUGACCCACUUUGUUCAUUUUGCCACUGGAUAAUGUAAGUUAAGAAUGGAAUUGUUAACCCUAAGUAUAUGUUUUCUUAACUUUCAUCAGUUUCUAAAGAAAUCUAAUUUAAGUGUUUGGGGUUUUGUUUGACCUGUAUUUAUUGAGUUCUGGUCAUAGACCAGGAGCCUCGUGUCAUGCUUAUGGAUAGCCAGAACACAGUCAUUGGGAAGCGUAAUGGCUCAAGACCUUCUGAAUCGUUUAACUUAUUUUGUAUGUUGCAAAAAAAAAAGUUUAUUUUGCUUGAGAGUCACAUUUUUUAUAACUGUACAGCUUUUAAGGGAUGAGAAGUGGGAAAAUACCCUAAAAUAGGAUGUAGAUUUUUACAACUGUGUUUAUGCUAGAACACCUACAGGUGCAUUAUGUAAUUAAACCUAAGAUUGUUUUAAAAAAACAAUUGUGCCAUGGUCUUUUUCAUUCUCCUGCCCUUUAGCAAAGUUGGUGCAUAUCAAUACUGCUAUGUGGACAAGCUUUGAAAUUAGGCAAAUAAUCCUUGUUGCCAAAGCUUUAAGAUCAUUUCAUGAAAAUUAUACACACAUGGACACAAACAUACAGAGAUCUAGUUAAUUAAUGUUAAUGGAUUUUUCAACUUCUGAACAGCUAUGAGAGCCCGAGUUUUGGCAGUUAAGAGAAUAUUCUUAGUGUGUGAUUUUUGUGAUGCCUAACUAGGUUAUUCUCAAUGUUGGUCUGGUGUUUUGUUCUCUUAUCAAAGUAGCUUCUUGAUAAUGGAUCUGAACUGUAGCUUGCUCAAACCUACCAAGAAGUUUUAUAUAUGCCUUGAAAAGGAGUGUCCAGUGAUGGGGUUGGGAGUGGGUAGGGCAAAGUUUGGUUCUUGUUAUUCAGUAGACUUAAUUCCACAGGAAUAUUUAUUGGAAGUAUGGCAGGAAGGGAUAGUAAGAUGUUUCAAAUUCUAAUUCCCUCAUUUGAUAGAAAAAAAUUUGAUGUCUUGUAGAUCUGCCAAUUCUAGCAGUGUUAGGCAUAAUUUACCAUAAGUUACAUUAGACACCUUUGUUUAAAUGCCAGUGGCUUUUGGGGGGUUUUUGCCAUCUGAUAAUUUGACCUUUCUAAUAUCUCACCUUUGUAGCACAAGUGUAUUCUGUUAAAGAAUUAAACUCAUCUAAAUGUGUCAUAAUUUCUAUCCAAACUACCUUUAUCAUCAGCUAAUGUGGGAUGUCAGUUUCUUGGCUAUCAUCUGAUCAGAGGUGCAGUCUGGGAAUCAUGAAUUUCCAGGUGAAUACAAAUUCCAGAUAAGAAUUUGUAAAUGGUAUGUUAGAUUUUCAUUUUGUUUUUAAAGUAAUAGCUGGAAUUCAGGGAGUGUUUGAUCAGAAUGCCUCUUGGAUUUUCAAGCAUGCUUAUAUGAAAUGCUUUAUUUUCUUAUGCAUAAAGCAAAUUAUUCCUGGAAUAGGUUCUCAGAAUGCUUUAUUUUGUUGCUAGAUGAGAGCUAAAGCAGAAGCUCCAAUAACAAAACUGUUGAGGUAAUCAGGACCUACGUGCUAUUAAUCAAACAGAGGAAACUGAAGUGCUCUCUACCACAUAUAUCGUACUGCAUGUGUGUGGGGGGGUGGGAGGGAAAGAGAUCUGAAAACUGGAAAUGUGAUUCCAAUAGUGCACAAAGUAAAGUUUGUGCAUGGGAAAUAGGGGAAUUCCUGGUAGCUUAAAGCUUCAGGGGCUAACUGCAGUGUAUGAACACCUAGUGUGUUAGAAUUGCAGUGCUUAGUUGUUUAAAUAUAAUAUUCCUUGUAAGUGACAACCAAAAUAUGUUGUGGCUCGUGCCAAUAUUUUUGUUAAUGAAAUGUUCAAUGUCUCGCUACAGUCUGAUCAGAACUCUUGGUGUUAUAAGCUAGGCCUAAAGCUAUUUUAUAGCUGUUGGUCUAAUUGUACAGUAUAAAUUUUUCUUUCAAAAUGUUUUAUUGACUACUUCUGUCAUUUCCUUCACUUAAUAUAUGUCAAUUGUCAUAAUAAAAAUUUUAAAUGA